CGGUCUUGAGAUUUUAAAACAAAAUUAUAUAACAUUUUAACACGAUUGAUUGACUCACCAUGUCUUGACAAGACAACGCAUAGGCUAUCUAAACUUAGCUGUCACGGAUCAGAUUAACACACGUGGGAAAGUCUUUGGGAAAUAUCUGACUAAUUCGAAAUCUUUUACUUCCUUUUUUUUUAAACGAACAUGCACAGUGCUUCCUUGAAGAGAAGUUGUUCACAAGUGUGCAGUUACUUUGCGACAGUCGUAGCAGACCAGCUGCUCGCUGUAUGAGGGACUUGACAGUCGCUCCAAAACCAGAACGUAGGCUACACAUCGCCUGCAAAUGGACAGCAUGAAUUCUCACGGACACAAGAUUGGACUCCAAAACAUUGAUUUAUGCUACUUCUAGUAUAUUGUUGUUAUAAAUAUAGAUAUUUUUUAUGUUGAUAAUUUUUUUGGUUUGUUGUGUGUCAUCUUUUACGCAAAAAAAUGAAGUUCAACGGGUAUUUGAAACUCAGAAUUGGAGAGGCCGUGGACCUCAAACCCACUAAGUUCUCUCUUCGCCACUCAAUCAUUUUUAACAAGCCGCCUGCCACACUAGACCCUUACAUUGUGAUAAAAGUGGACGAAUUCAAGAUUGGGCAAACCCAUACAAAGCAAAAAACCAACAUGCCAACCUACAACGAAGAGUUCUCCCUCAAUGUUAACGAUGGGAAACUAAUAGAGCUGGCUGUCUUUCACGACGCUCCUAUAGGAUACGAUGACUUUGUUGCAAACUGUACUAUCCAGUUCGAAGACUUGAUUAAAACUUCCAACACGGAGACUUUCGAGGGAUGGCCUUUUUCUGAGGGCAUGCAAUCUUACUCUGCAAGGGAUUUCGCCAGGCUGGAAUCCCAUUCUACAGUGGACCUGGAGCCAGAAGGCAAGGUGUUCAUCCACAUAUCGCUCACAGGAUCCUUCAUCGAUGACGACGCCACCGCGAAGGAGAAGCCCUACAAGCAGUUCACCAGGGAGCGCCAGGGUGCGGUGAGACGGAGGAUCCACCAGGUCAACGGACACAAGUUCAUGUCCACCUUCUUACGGCAGCCCACCUUCUGCUUUCAUUGCAAGGAGUUCAUUUGGGGGGUGUUUGGAAAGCAGGGCUACCAGUGUCAAGUGUGCACCUGUGUGGUGCACAAGCGCUGUCACCAGCAUGUUGUGACAGAGUGUCCUCGGAUGAAGAAGCCGGCCAAGGAACCGACCAUCAACCAAGGCUUCAGCAUCAAUGUGCCUCACAAGUUCAACAUCCACAACUACAAGUCUCCCACCUUCUGUGACCACUGUGGUUCUCUCCUGUGGGGCCUGGUCAAACAGGGACUGCAUUGCAAGAUCUGUAAGAUGAACGUCCACAUCCGCUGCAAGGGCAACGUGGCUCCCAGCUGUGGGGUGAACAGUGUGGAGCUGGCCAACAAGCUGGCGGAGAUGGGUCUGCAGGCCGGGGGGAUGUCCAAACGCAACUCCCUGGCUAACGGUGCGUGCGGGGACCAGGUGCGGGCCUCUUCUGUGAGGAGGGAGAGCACCCAGUCCCAGCAGCACACCAGGAGGCUGGGGAUCUCCGACUUCAUGUUCCUCCAGGUCCUGGGCAAGGGCAGCUUCGGCAAGGAGGUGAUGCUGGCGCGGAUGAGCGGGGGGGAGCGGGUGUUUGCUGUGAAGGUGCUGAAGAAGGACAUCAUCCUGCAGGACGAUGAUGUGGAGUCUACCAUGACUGAGAAGAGGGUGCUGUCUCUGGCCAGCUGCCACCCCUACCUCACACAGCUGCACUGCUGUUUCCAGACCCCGGACCGCCUGUUUUUCGUGAUGGAGUUUGUGAACGGAGGAGACCUCAUGUUCCACAUCCAGAAGUCCAGGAAGUUCGAGGAAGGCCGAGCUCGCUUCUACACCGCUGAGAUAACCUCAGCUCUGAUGUUCCUGCACAGCAAGGGCAUCAUCUACAGAGAUCUGAAGCUGGACAAUGUGCUCCUUGAUAAAGAUGGACACUGUAAACUGGCAGAUUUUGGCAUGUGCAAGGAGGGCAUGCUUGAUGGUGUGGCCACGGGUACAUUCUGUGGCACACCUGAUUACAUAGCUCCAGAGAUCCUUCAGGAGUUGCUGUACGGGCCAUCCGUUGAUUGGUGGGCUCUCGGCGUGCUCCUCUACGAAAUGUUGUCAGGCCACGCCCCCUUCGAGGCAGAGAACGAGGACGACCUGUUUGAGUCCAUCCUGAAUGAGGAGAUCAUCUACGCAUCUUGGCUAAGUGUCGAUGCUGUGAACAUCCUGAAAGCUUUCCUGACCAAGAACCCUGCCCGGCGUUUGGGCUGCGUGGCUGCAGAGGGGGGGGAGGACGCCGUGACUUCCCACGCCUUCUUCAGCGACAUCGACUGGGAGAAGCUGAACCGCAGAGAGCUGGAACCCCCUUUCAAACCCCGGAUCAAAACAUCUGAAGAUGUCAACAACUUUGACCCAGAUUUCACCCAGGAGGAGCCCACCCUCACCCCCAUCGACGAGCCCCUCAUACCCUCCAUUAACCAGGAAGAUUUCCAGGACUUUUCCUUCACCUCUCCGGAGCUGCUUGAAGACUAAGGGGGUCCUCUGUGUGACACGUGAACCCCACUGGCCCCCUCCAGUCCUCCCCUGCCAGAUCCCUUUUUCCUGCUACGGCCCAUGUGACCUUUAUCUGACCUCCAGCUAACUUUCUGUGUCUUUACGUCUAUUUUGAGUGACUUCCUGCCCAUUUCAGAGACAAAUGACUAGGGAUGGAAAUGAUAUGGACUUAGAACAUAAAACAGCAACACCUGCAGCUCUGACGAAGAAUAGGGUAUUCCACCGUAUGAGAAUUGUUCACUGACUUCAGCACUUCGUGUCUGUAAAUGGAGCGUAUUAAACAAGUACACCCAGCUUGGACAUGUCAAAUGAACAGGUUGGCAUUGCCAGAAGGUAACUGAAUCCUUACACCUCCUCAGACGAGUUGGAGAGAUGACAAAGAGGAGGAUCAUCUAAUUGAGUUAUUCCCUUCCCUGUUUCCACUUCAACAACAGGAUGUGUUUUUUCCUCAGUGUUUUUACAGAAUGUUACAACUGUAUGAAGAAGCAGUCCCCUGCUUCUCAUGCACCCAAUAUGAUUUUAGCUUUUAGGAACUUUGGAAUGAAUAUAAGCACUUUUUGAAAAUGCGUUUUGAAAUGUUUCGCAUGAGUUAUUUGAUUGUGGCUGAGUAUAAUGUGGCUGCAAUGUUAUUGUUAAGUCAAUACAAAGUGUCUGAAUGACGGGUUCUCAUAGUGAGUACUGUCAGUAUUUACCAGAACAGUUAAGCAGUAGGUUCGAGUCCUGGAAACACUGCAGAGAGAGAAAGAGAGAGUGUUUGUGAAAUAGUUUCUCAGUGAUGUGGUUGUCACUCUUCUCUAAAGAUCCAAAAAUACACACACAAACACACAUAUAGAAAAUGUCUGCUUUGCUUAGCAUUUUAUCACUGAAUUUGUUCAUUUUACACUUAUUUAAUCUAAAAAAUGCCAGUUUUCUCUGGGUCAUAAGUCCCUCAUAUGAAACAAGCUGACAAACCAUAUGAAGGUAUGCCGCAACAUUUCAAUCGAACUGAGUCAAGAAAUUGAGAAAUAAUAAAGUGUUGUAUCUUG